CUCAGACAAACGUAAGGCGGGUGGUGAUUUGGGCUCUGUGAAUCUGAGUCUCUCGACCGAGGAAUUCUGGGAGUUGAAGUCCACCCGUCUUUUAAGUGGAACAAAGUUGCGGAAUCAACUUUGCUUCUACGUUGUUUUUUUUUUUUUUUGUGCGGUUGGCCUGGGGGUUUGCCUUGCGGACAAAGGCGUCCGCUUUUUGUAAUUGGCCACAGCAAUUUGAUUGGAUGGGGCGGCGGCGUUGGAAACAACAACAAAAAUAUCGCGGGAGGCUGUUUCUCCAGUAUGCCCGGACUCCACUUUGUGCUUUUGCUGGCGAGCCCGGCCGGCUGUUAUUUAGGCUCAAUGCUGCAAAACGGCGGUAGAGGCAAAAAACACUCGGGCGCUGCACGCUGAGGUGGAGUUCUGGGUCUGUCUAGGGCUGGGAAGGUUCCUUCGGUUGUCGGAAGGCCAGCCCCGAUCAUAGCGCGAAGGAAUUUCUUCGCGUUUUUUCUGCUGUGCCCUGCAAGAUGACCAAGCAUUUUUAUGCACAGACCGGAGCAAGGGAGCGGUAAAUAAAUUUACCUGCCGAUUUUUUCCCCCUCUCGCUCCCGUUGUUCACCGCUUUGUGAUCUGCUGCUGGCGACACGCGAGGAGUAAAAAAGCAGCAACUGCGGAGGGCUGUCAAAUUUGGGGUAAAGCGCAACAGAAAAGAAGUCUGAAUCCUGAUUCCACCCUCCCCAUCAGCUUGGAAGAUGCCAGAAGAAAUUAAAGUACUGGUAGAAGGAGUUUCUCGAUACUGUGAUUGUUUGACUCCUGAGAUGACAAGUGCAUCUUCCCCUGGAAGCUCUGAUGCAAAGAGUGCAAGAAAUGCUGAUCAAAACAAAGCUCUCAUACCUAAGUGCAUUUCAGACAAACUAUUCACUGUAGGAGCGGUUGUUGUAAUUGCAGCGUUGACCAUUAUUAUAAUUUCAUUGGCUGUUAAAAAGACAGAAACAUGUCCACUUUGUGGUCCCCUUGAAAGUGUUGCCUGUCCAGAUUCAUGGAUUAGCUACAGUGGAAAAUGUCUCUAUAUAUCAAAAGAAGAAAAGAAUUGGUCUCUCAGUUUAAAGUCCUGUUCCUCAUUUAAUGCAUCCUUGGCUGUGAUUGAUACUCAGAAGGAACUGGAUUUUUGGGUGGAUAUUUUCCAUUCCUCUCAUUACUGGUUUGGUCUCUCAAGAGAAGUUAACCAGAUCUGGAAAUGGUCCAAUGGCACAGAGUUUAAAAAUCAGUUUCCAGUACGAGGAGGCGGCUUCUGUGCAUAUCUAAAUGGAAAAGGGGUCAGUAGUACCAUAUGCUCCAUGGAGAAACGUUUUCUCUGCAGCCAGCCAGAGCGUUGCAGCAAGGCUGGAAGAGAAGAGAGCUCAUGGCCUGGAGAAAUAUGAGGGGGAGGGGAAAGACAGAGCAACAUGGCCAUCGAGUGACAGCAUUUCAGUGAGCGCUUAACUUUUUAUCUAAGCUUUUAGCAAUUUUCGCUUUAGAAUUAAGAACAGCCAGUCGACGGCUGCCAAUGUUGGGAGGCAGCAAAGCUAUAAGACAAAAACAAAAACAAAAAAACAAAGAGAAAAACAAACCUGAAAUGCCACAAAGAAAAAAUUCCAAGCAUUCUGAACAUUCUAAAGUGGCAGCAAUCUCUAGACCAGUGGUGGUGAACCUAUGGCAUGCGUGCCAGAGGCGGCACUUGGAGGCCUCUCUGUGGGCACACGUGCUGUUCCCCAGCCUCGCCUCCCCCCACGACCCCCUCCUCACCAGCAGCCCCCCUGGAGGAGAGUCACCCCCAAGAGUGGCCCACACGGAGCAGUGCAGACAAGGACAUGGCAGCCAGGCAGCGUAGACAAGACUCUGCCUUCAUGCCCCAUCGCGCAUGGUUGAUAUUGUGGGGCCCGGGCAGAGGGUGUGGCCGCCAUGGUACUGCUGGGCUGCCUGAGUGAUCUGUGGCAGGCCGUGGAGGCAGUGAGUG